AUGCUCCUUUCUUCGGCGCGAUGGGCUGCACGUUUCGGCGCUGCCUACGGAACCGCUAAGGCCGGUGUUGGUGUCUCGGCCAUGGGUGUCCUCCGCCCUGACCUGAUUGUCAAGAACAUUAUUCCCGUUGUCAUGGCGGGUAUUAUUGGUAUCUACGGUCUCGUCGUGUCCGUGUUGAUCUCCAACGGUUUGACACAGGAGUCUUCGCUCUUUGCCAACUUCAUCCAGCUUGGUGCUGGUCUCGCCGUCGGCCUGUCGGGUAUGGCUGCUGGUUUCGCUAUCGGCAUUGUUGGUGACGCCGGUGUACGAGGAACCGCUCAGCAGCCUAGGUUGUUCGUCGGAAUGAUUUUGAUUCUCAUUUUCGCCGAAGUCUUGGGUCUUUACGGACUCAUUGUCGCCCUGCUCAUGAACUCCAAGGCCAGUGACGCCAAGUGCUAG